AUGGCUAAAGAAGAAGUGGUGGAGAAAGCCAAAGAAGCCAAAGAGACCGCGGACAAGUUAAAGAAAGAGACUAAGAAGGAAUUGAGAGGGUUAGUUGGGCGAGGAAGAGAUGUUGGGCGUGGUGCUUUGAGGUACGCUAAGUCCACGGAGGCAAGAAGGUCUGUGAUGUUUGUUUUCAACUUGCUGGGGUUAGCCACAGCCUAUGGGAUGUGCGUGUGGAUUACGUUCAUUUCGAGCUAUAUACUAGCCGGCGCCAUGCCGAAGCAACAGUUUGGGAUGAUGCAAAGCAAGAUAUAUCCUAUGUAUUUCAGCGCCAUGGCGGCUAGCAUUGGUGCUGCUUUGGUGGGGUUCAUGUUGGGAAAUACCAAGAGUUUGUUCUUGAGCAAAGCUGAAAUGUUUCAGGGAUAUUUCUUGCUGGCCUCACUUUUGAUGGUUUUCGCCAAUUUGCUUUACUUGGAGAUGCGAGCCACUAAGGUCAUGUUUGAGAGGAUGAAGAUGGAGAAGGAAGAAGGAAGAGUAACAGAGGAAUUAAUUGCUGAACCCAGCCGGCCCUCCCAGCUGCAACAAGAUGCCAACCCUGCAGUUUCAACUACAACUAGUGCUUCUGCUGUUCCGGCAGCAGCCUCACCAGAAGGAGCGAAGCUGGAAGUAAUCAGGAUUCAGAUUGUUAGACUAAAUGGCAGGCUUAAGAAGCUAAACACCUACUCGUCUUUCCUCAACAUCCUGACCUUAAUGGCUCUCGGUUGGCAUCUUGUUUACCUAAGUCAGCGCCUUCACUUGUCCUCCUGCUGA